AAAAGUUGGUAGGCGGAACCUAACGCCUGAUUGGUUACCCUCUGCAUCAAGCCAAGACAAAUCAAUUCCGGAUAAUGGAUUGAUGCAGAGCUACUGAACACAUUCCAAUACACUGGGUGGCGCUAUUCACCUCUACGUUGGUUUAGUUACACGGUUAAACAGAACUUUCAUUGCAACGGCUAAAAAUCAAGAGAAGACUCGGUCCUGCUAGCCCCAAUGUUGAGACGCUGUGUGAGGUGCAGGACAAAAUGUCUAAAAGUUGCCCGGAGCUGCUGAGAGAAGCAGCGAAUUUGAUUGAGGAAGCUCUGAGCAGAAGUCCAACGGCUCCCGCGGCACCGGUGACUCCGGCAGCUCAGUCACAGCAGAUACCGGCCGCUCAAUCACGUACACCUGUCCAAGCGGAGGUAGCAAGGCUCUUUGCGCCAUAUAACAUUGGAGCCAGAAGGAAUAUGACGAGACGACCAGCACAAGUCCAAGUUAGCCGAAGAAGCUACACACACACUGUCUGUUGUUUGGCUGACCACAAUGCGGAUAAAAUUCCAAGCGUACUGUUUAAAGCUGAACUUCUUACUUCAGGACUUGGAGAGCAAAAAGUAACAUUUUCAGGGAAUGACCACGAUCCCAUGGUUAUAACAAAUAAACUGAUGGAAGUGUUUCCGAAGCUCCAACAAGGGGGAGGCUUUGAAUUUCUAAAACUUGUAGGAUCUACUCGCAGUCGAAAUCUUGCGUUGCUUCAGUGUCCCAGCACUGGAUACACCCUUGCCUAUCUGAAAGAUCCAUCGACGAUGAUUGGACAGGCUACAAUCUACAUACGUCCACUUCAACAGGAUCUACCCUUAGAUUGUGAGAGCUCAUGUCCUGCCUCUGGUCCAGUCAUCCCCUCCAUCACUUGUCAGAAGGAAGUUCCCUUUUCAGAGAUGAAGCUGCACAGAUUGAGCUGCAAUGGGACACCCAUGCAGGAAUCAGAAAGAGAACAAGAGGGAGGCCAAAGUGAAGAAAAUGAUAGUGAGACAGCCCUAGUCAGUGACAGUGUUCCAGUGAGGCCUGAAACAUCAGCUGAGAGUGCAGUAGUACCGGCAGUGAUUGUCAACGAGGAGUUGGAUCGCAAAGAAACAGACAGUGGUUUGUGUCAUCACAAUAGUGUUGCUAUAAGAUUGUGUGUAACUGAAAAGUUAAUAGAAAGAUAACACCUGUAGGAUAUAAUUAGAUAAGAUAAUACAGUUACAGACAAUUAAUAACAUGCAACUGGGUUUUUCUAUUUUUCUAAUAUUUAGUUGUAGUUGUUUAGUAGUGCUGUUUUUAUGUCAACUCAGCGUUGUGACAGGUUCUGAAGAUGUUGGGUCUCACGUUUUGUCAGUGAAAUGAACAGAAUUUUCCUCCUGUUCUGUAGAGUGAGAGGAUAUCUGUAUAUGCAGGUAACAUGCCAACUCACAAUAUGUCUCUCUGUAAUAGAUAACUUUAUUGUUGUUGUUUGUUUAGAAUGGAAGCUUUGGCCCAUUCUGUGGACCAUAAUGAGACAGGAAGCUUCAAAGAAACAGCUUUUUUUCCUUUCUUUUAAAAGGAAAGUAAACUUUCAGUUUUUCCUUGCUUGUUCUAAC